AUGGCAACCCAGUAUGCAUUCAGUACAAGCAGUAAUAUAUAUACCGGGCUUCAAAAUGCUUGUUAUAACGACUUGGGUCAUCAAAUGAGUGUAAUGGGCGAUGAGAUUUUUGAGCUUCUUUCCCUUUCUCCUUACACAAGUACUGAAACCCAUUGCUACUCCACUUCCUCUGAACAAUACAAUAUGCAGGAUUUUUGUCAAUUAGAUGACCAGCUUUCUAGCAAUUCCUCCUUUCUAAUUGUGCCCGCACCUACUACCCAUAAUUCUUCCUCACACAGUGCCUUUAGAGAAUACAUAAAAGCUGAUCCAAAGGCUACCUCUGAUUUUUUCACUCCCGGUCAUAUUUUGCACAAGAGAUGUUUUAGGUUUUUGAGCCAAAUCGAGGAGAACAGAAAAAAUUCCUUGCUAAUGUCAAGUUUAAGGGAUUCUCGUGGUCGUGCUCCCAAUGAUAAUCAAUGUGAGAAAUCAAAUACUGGUUCUCACGAUAGGUCAAACAUUCAGCAUAUGAUGGCAGAGAGGAACAGAAGAGUCAGACUGAAAAAACUUUUCACAAAUCUUUACUCUCUUGUACCAGCUGGAAGUUCUAAGCCUGACAAGUAUUCAAUACUGGCAAAUACUGAAAAAUAUUUGAGGGACUUAAAACUCCGUGUUGCUCAGCUAGAAAACCAGAUCAAGACUUUGGAAGGAAGUAGUGGGUUCGAUUCCCACCAGCAGUCAUUUAAUUCAAAGAACACAGUCCUUUACAAUAGCGAUGGAAUUAUUUUUGAGGAAUUUAAGGAUGUGCCCUGCCAAGUGAAGAUGAGAAUAAGUGUAGAGAAAGAUGUGGUUUCAUGCCCAGCAGCUCUGAUAAGGAGGGUACUGGAUCAUUUGAGAGCAGAACAAUUGGAGCUCGUUUCAAUUCACUCCCAUGCAGAGGCAUCUCUGUUUCUUACUAAAAUUGUCGUCCAAUCAAAGGUGUAUAUUUUAAUCCAUCUCUGGAAGAGUUUGGGUGAAGAUAUCAGCAAUUUGUUCACAUGUGAAGCUGGAAGUGGUUCAGUUCGCAGCAGAGGCAGGCCUCAGGGUGGUGGUCACUGGGAUCGUGGUCGUGUGCGGAGAGUCUUGAGUCAACUAAGGUUUAUGUUUCAGUCUUCACCUUACGUGCCAGUCUAUUCCCCUCCUCAAUCGGCCAAUCUGCAGUUAGAUGCAAUGAACUGCAGCUCGUGGAAGAGUUUGGACAUGGAGAAGUGGUUGUUUAUCACUUUGAACAGCGAGAGGGGUGAGAGGUGUCAUUGCCCGCUGACUGCAGUGUUAAUGGAGGAAACCUCUCAUUGCCCGCUGACUGCAGUGUUAAUGGAGGAAGAGGGAGUUUUGAGUCAACUAAGGUUUACGUUUCAGUCUUCACCUUACAUGGCAGUCUAUUCCCCUCCUCAAUCGGCCAAUCUGCAAUUAGAUGCAAUGAACUGCAGCUCAUGGAAGAGUUUGGAUGUGGAGAAGUGGUUGUUUAUCGCUUUGAAUAGCGAGAGGGGUGAGAGGUGUCAUUGCCCGCUGACUGCAGUGUUAAUGGAGGAAACCUCUCAUUGUCCGUUGACUAUAGUGUUAAUGGAGGAAGAGGGAGUACGUGGUUUAUGA